AUGUUUGCCUUCUCAUCCGCGCUCGCCUCAACCUUCAUAUCCCUUCUGCUCGCCACGCAGCUCCUCACCCCCAGCUAUGUCGCAGCGGCACCAGACCCGCAAGCCAGCACCUCCCCAGCGCUACCGGCCCCUACAGCCUACCUCGACCGGCGCCAAUACCCGCCGGCGCCAAACAUGGGGUUCUACAUCUGCAACGGUGCCUAUUGGAGCGGUGUAUGCAAGCACGUGGCCUCGAUCGAGGACGUUUGCGUCAAUCUGAACACCCUUGACUGGACCGGCAACAUCACAUCCAUUGCCCCCGACCCCGGUGUCUCCUGCUACGUACAUUCCGGUUACGGCUGCGACGCCGAAGAUCCCAACAGCGAUAUGUGGGGGUACAGAUAUCCGGGCACAGGUGACAUAACCAGGAGCAGUUGGUCGGAAAACAUCUUGAGCUGGAAGUGCCGUUCUAUUUUGGAGUGUACGGGCGGCAUAUCGAGAUACAGCUUGCCGCUGCCGGGCCAGAAGUGA